UCCCCUUCGCUCCCCUCCAUCCAAACAAACAGGCCAUUAAUAAUUUCUUCCGGUUCCGUUACGUUCCCUUAACUUCCCUUCACUAGCUCCAAAUCCAAACCAGCCCUAAAACCCCUCCCUCGGCCUCCAAUGUCCACUGCCGCUCUCAACUCUCCUCCUCUCCCUCGUCUCCGACCAUCCGACCCCGCUCGCAGCCAAGCCCCUGCGGGAAGGAGCAGCCGUUGGAGUCUGAGGGCAACCCUCUCGUUUCCUCUGAGGAUGGCAUCAAACGCGAAGAGCUUCGAGUUGAAUUGCUGUGCGGGCGAGGACAGAGAUCUCAGCACCUCGGCUUUGGCCGGGGGACUUGCGGAUUGCUUGGACGACUCUCCUCCUCCUCAACUAGAAGCAGAGCUGAAGAGGAGGGAGCCGAGCAUAGCGACGAUGUUGACCAAUAUCGGGAACUCCUUUGAUCCCUACGGAGCUCUCAGUACCCCGCUGUAUCAAACUUCCACAUUUAACCAGCCAUCGGCAACCGAGUACGGUCCUUACGACUACACUAGAACCGGUAAUCCUACUCGGGAUGUGUUGCAAAGUCUCAUGGCUAAGCUUGAGAAGGCUGACGCUGCAUUUUGCUUCACCAGUGGAAUGUCUGCCUUGACCACUGUUACGAAGCUUGUUGAACCUGGUCAAGAAAUUGUUGCUGGAGAUGAUAUAUAUGGGGGUUCUGAUAGAUUGCUCCAACUGGUUAGAAAGAGAGGAGUUGUAGUGAAACAAGUCAAUACAUGUGACCUGAGCGAGGUGUCAUCUGCCAUCAGCCCUAUGACAAAACUUGUGUGGUUGGAAAGCCCAACAAAUCCCCGGCUGCAAAUUGCUGAUAUACGGAAAAUCAUAGAGAUUGCUCAUUCACAAGGAGCCCUUGUUAUGGUGGAUAACAGCAUCAUGUCCCCAGUUCUAUCUCUGCCUCUAGAACUAGGAGCAGAUAUUGUUAUGGAAUCAGCUACCAAAUUCGUAUCUGGUCAUAGCGAUCUCAUGGCAGGCAUCCUUGCUGUGAAAGGGGAAAGCUUGUCAGAAGCAAUUGCAUUUUUACAAAAUGCGGAAGGCAAUGGAUUAGCACCAUUUGACUGUUGGCUUUGCUUGCGAGGCAUCAAGACUAUGGCUUUGCGUGUGGAGAAGCAACAGGUGCACCAUAAUCCUAACUUCUGAUAGCUUGCAUCUCUA